GGAGGAAGUUGUGUGUAGUUGCGUCGCUGUUUUCCCUGGUGCGUGUGUUUUCGUCUACACGAGAAAAAAAACUGAGUCAUAUUAUUUAUUUUCUGCAGCGUUUCAUUUCCAUACCAACAAAAUGAAACACAGCUCGAACGUCCCCGCGUUUCUUACCAAGCUUUGGACCCUCGUCGAGGAUUCAGAUACAAAUGAAUUCAUUUGCUGGAGUCAGGAAGGGAACAGUUUCCUUGUACUUGAUGAGCAAAGGUUUGCAAAAGAGAUUCUCCCAAAGUUUUUCAAGCACAACAACAUGGCCAGUUUUGUUCGACAGCUCAACAUGUAUGGAUUUCGCAAGGUGAUGCACAUUGAUUCGGGCAUAGUCAAGCAAGAGCGAGACGGACCUGUUGAAUUUCAGCAUCCAUACUUCAAACAUGGGCAAGAUGACCUGCUGGAAAACAUCAAAAGAAAGGUGUCUAAUGCACGGCCUGAAGAGAGCAAAAUGAGGCAAGACGAUCUUUCAAAAAUUUUGACAAGCGUUCAAAGCGUCCAUGAGCAGCAAGAGAACAUGGAUGCUAGACUUGCCACCCUAAAAAGAGAAAAUGAAGCUCUUUGGACAGAGCUGUCAGACCUCAGAAAGAUACACGCACAGCAACAACAGGUCAUAAAAGAGCUGGUGCAGUUCAUCUUUACAUUGGUUCAGAACAAUCGUUUGUUAAAUUUGAAACGCAAAAGGCCUCUUGCAUUAAACAUCAAUGGAAAGAAGUCGAAAUUCAUCCACCAGCUCUUUGAGGAACCCAUGGACCACAGCAAAACCACAGUUAAUGGACUGAAGAACAAUUCGGAUAUAUCUGAUGAUGUCGUAAUCUGUGACAUCACAGACGAAGAUCCAGAAGUUACAGAUGGGAUAUCUGUACCUGAUGAAGGGGAUGCUGAAAUCGUGGAAGUCGCUUAUGAAAGCAGCCCAAAGACUAUACAAAAUGACAGCACAAACGGCACCAUAAUAAAUUCAACCGCUCACCAAGAAGCAGAACCCAAAACCACCCCUGAUGUUUCAUCAACCAGUAGCGCCCUGCAAUUGAACAAACCCACAGGUCUAAGUUUAGAGGAUCCAGUGAAGCUCAUGGACUCCAUUCUCAGUGAAAAUGGAGCCAUUUCACAAAACAUCAACCUUCUGGGCAAAGUUGAGCUGAUGGACUAUCUGGACAGUAUUGACUGCAGCCUGGAAGACUUCCAGGCAAUGCUAUAUGGAAAACAGUUCAGCAUUGACCCAGAUAUCAUAGAGGAAACCAUCUCGGGAACAAAAAAUAACAACAGCAAAGCCAACAAAGAGAAGCCUGAUUCAGAAAACACAGACAAGCAGCUGAUCCAGUACACAACCUGCCCUCUGAUGGCCUUCCUGGACGGCUGCACCCCUCUGACCCCAUCCGAACCCCAGCCAGAAGAGCCCGCAGACCUGCUGGAUGAGUCUCUGGAGACGGAGACCCCACGCAGUUCUCUGAUCCGCCUAGAGCCCCUGACAGAAGCGGAGGCCAACGAAGCCACCCUCUUCUAUUUGUGUGAACUAAACUCAGAUCUCCCCAAUGCAGACACACCACUGCUUGAUAUCUGAAUAUAAAAAAAGGGACUUGUCAUUUAUCAGUUUUUUUUUCGUAAAAGUGCAUCAAAAUGAUGAUAUUUAUUUGCCAGAAUGUCUUUAGUACCAUCUGUCCACAAGUUUUUACAUUCCUUCAUUUCACACUUGUUCACUAGCUAGUGUUCUUCUUUCCACCGUCAGUUCUGUUGCUGGUUUACAUUGCAGCAGUUUCGUGGAGCAUGUUUGUUGUUCUGGUUUGAUUAUGAAGUGCUUCAGAAAACAUCAUGCCGCUCUUCUUUAUGUAUGUGAUCUAGAAGUGCCUGCCUGAUGUCCUAAUGUCAGUGCAAAAAUAGACGUGAAGACUUUGGCUCACGGUUAGUUCCAUACUGUCAGGCAAUACACAGUGAUUUUCUUGUUACAGUGAGCUUUUUAUCAUUAUACCAAGCAUCGCAGUAGCAUUAAAGAAACUUCAAUGUCAA